GAAGUAUCAAGGGUGCUGGAUAUUUCAUAUUAAACGGGGGUUGGGCCGGCUGGUGACGAAGGUUUGUAGUUGGUUGGUGGGAAGCGGUUGGUUGGUUUGCCGGAGGCAGAAAAAAAAAAGAGUUUGGCGGGCGACAAGAGACAACUGCGAGCAGAUUUUAGCUGCAUGGGCAUCACAGCAACAACCGACCGCCGUGAGCAGCUUUUCUCCAGCACAACCACGGAGCAUUCUCCCUCUUCACGUCGCUUACACGGCUCAUUUCCGAUAAUUCACUCACGACUCUGCUUGGACUAAAUACUCUAUCACCCUUCUAUCGCUUGACAGCAUACCAUAUAUCUGAAGCUAUUUUCCCCAACUUUCCACGCGCAAUGACAGGCAGAGGUGGAGGAGCAGGUCGCAAGACACUUCUGGCUCCAAUCCAUUUCAUCUUCAAGCUCCUCCAGCAAAGAUCUACGGUUUCAAUAUGGCUCUACGAACAGCUGGCGAUCCGGAUAGAAGGGAAGAUUCGGGGAUUCGACGAGUUCAUGAACCUAGUUGUCGAUGACGCGGUCGAGGUUCGUUUGGCAACGAAAACAGAGGAGGAGAAGAGGAGACAGCUUGGUCAAAUUUUACUCAAAGGCGACAAUGUUUCGUUAAUUCAGGCCCUUCAAUGAAAUGGCAACGCGGGGGGUAGAAUUAUAGGGUGACUUUGGGGAAAAAGGCGUUAGGAUAUAUAUUUACUGUUCUACCUGAUAUACAGACACACACAAAAAAAAAAAUUAAGAAUAAAACGAAGAAGACGGGGCCUGGUUUUUAUGGCACCAUUAAGAGAAUCCAAGCGCUUCAGUUUUUUGCUAACUGCUUGAUGUGAGAAUGCGCCCGUUUCCAACGAUGAGGGCAUCCACGGGAUAGUCAUGAUCGGCGACGGGUAUCUUCUCUCCUGGGGGAAGAAGCUGCUCUGCCAGGGCCAAGGCGACUGAGACGUGCAAGAGUGGGAAAAAGCCAUUAGCAAGCGAGUGAUUGAUAUACGGGCGACCAUAAAUAUUUCUCAGAUGAUUAUUAUAUGUUGGGUUGGAUGGUUUCCUUACCGAGAUGUGGUUUCCGCAUGCCUGCUUUACUUUCUUCUCCUCCGCUUUGCCUAAUGUUUUUCAAUCGAUUGACGAAAUGGUCAUAAUACCCUUUGCCGUGUCCCAGUCUUUGCAGUUGUUCGUCAAAGGCUACUCCAGGCAUAACAACCAAAUCUAAUCCUGAACUGUCGUCACCGGCUGCAGUUGAUUCUGAUUCUGCCUCUGUCAUCGUGGAACCUGCUUGGGCCGUUUCUCCCGUAGGGAUACCAUAUCCACCAAAACAAUUCCUCCUGCUGCCAAUAGUAUUCGAAUCUAGUGUCGGGAUACCCCAUUUAUCUGCCUGUAGCGAUUCGUAGUCUUCCAGGGAGCGUAGCGCUAGCAUUUCCAUGACCGAGGAACGACCCUGGUUUGCGGUCGCCGCUGGGUCCGGUUGAUAGAGAUACGGGACAUAUACUUGCUUGCCUCUGCUGAAGGCAUCACGGACAAUAGCGGCGGUUGAGAUUUCGCCAGAGGGCAUUGAGAGAUAGACACUGAGUUUAGUGGCUGCAUGGUAUUCAGGGAGUGCAAGUAGAUUUCUCGUGACGAUGGAUGCUGAUAGUUACAUAAUUAUCAAGUAAAUAUCAUGGCGAUAUAAACGGCACAGAAUGGUGAGUGAACGGGGGAUUCUAACAUUGCACGGCCACAGACUCUUUGGAUACUUCUGAAAGGAUCCUCCGUAGCUUUCUUCGCAAUUCCUUCUUGGCUGUUUGUAGAGACGCCAU